AUGGAGAGCGUUUUAAACGACGGGGACACGUGGGCGUUCAACGACUCGAGCCUCCUGAACGGAACCGCCGGCUGGAACCAGACGAACCCCCUCAAGCGGAACGAGGAGGUGGCGAAGGUGGAGGUGACGGUGCUCGCGUUGGUGCUGCUCCUGGCGCUGGCCGGGAACCUGUGCGUCCUGCUGGCCAUCCACACCACCAAGCACAGCCAGUCCCGCAUGUAUUACUUCAUGAAGCACCUGAGCAUCGCCGAUCUGGUCGUGGCGAUCUUCCAAGUUCUCCCCCAACUUAUCUGGGACAUCACGUUCCGCUUCUACGGGCCGGACAUCUUGUGCAGGUUGGUGAAGUACCUGCAGGUGGUGGGGAUGUUCGCCUCCACCUACAUGUUGGUUUUAAUGUCCGUGGACAGGUGUUUGGCCAUCUGUCAGCCUCUGCGCUCCCUGCACAGAGGGAAGGAUCGCUUUUAUGUGGUCUUCUCCUGGAUUCUGAGCCUGCUCUUCAGCGUCCCGCAGAUGUUCAUCUUCUCCCUCAGAGAGGUGGGCUCGGCCGGGUCAGGGGUGUACGACUGCUGGGGAGAAUUUGUGAAACCCUGGGGGGCCAAAGCGUACAUCACCUGGAUCAGCCUCACCAUCUACAUCAUCCCCGUGGCCAUUCUGAGCAUCUGCUACGGCCUGAUCAGCUUCAAAAUAUGGCAGAACUUUAAACUGAAAACCAGACGUGAGCAGUGCAUCAGCCUGACGCCCAAAACGUGCAAAAGCAACACGCUGGCGCGCGUGAGCAGCGUGAAGCUCAUCUCCAAGGCCAAGAUAACCACGGUGAAGAUGACCUUUGUCAUUGUGGUGGCUUACAUCAUGUGUUGGACCCCCUUUUUUUCAGUCCAGAUGUGGUCUGCGUGGGAUCCAGCUGCACCCCGUGAGGCCAUGCCCUUCAUCAUCUCCAUGCUGCUGGCGAGCCUCAACAGCUGCUGCAACCCCUGGAUCUACAUGUGCUUCGCCGGGCAUCUCUUCCACGACCUGAGGCAGAACUUUCUGUGCUGCUCCGCUCGCUACCUCAAGUCGUCCCAGUGCCGCUGCGAGCGCGACUUUGACUCCAGCCACAAGAGCAACUCCUCCACCUUCGCCAUCAAGAGCACCAGCAGUCAGAGGAGCAUCACACAGACGUCCACCACAUGAAGACGAGUCACAUGAGGUAACCGUGGACUGACACGAGUACCUAUAUGAAAGGCAAACUUUGUUUUUUUUAUAUAUAUUUUUGGAUUUAAAUAUACAAAAUGUUGUCUUUGUUGUGCAUAAAAAGGUAAAU